UCAGGAAUAUAAAAAUGAACAAAAACCCAUGUCACGGAAACUCGUGACGCAAUGUUUUCCGUGUAACUUUACAGAAUGAAUUUCACUCGACGCAAAGGGCAUUCGCUCGUUGGAUGAGAGAUUUCAAGUACGCCCUAAUUCACGUGACUCUUGGUGAAUGAAACGUCACGCAGGGUCACAGCAUGUCACACGAUGUCACAUAUGUUAUACACAGGCAAGCUUACGCUGAAUAAGCCAAUCAAAGUAAGCCACAGAGAUAGCGAGUCUGUGUUUCAGAUACACGGCAAUGUGAUCGAUUAGUCCAUGUCUAGAUGGCCAUUGAUUCAAACUUCACAAGGAAGUGUGUGGCGGAUUCUAUUUGCGAGUACAGUGUAGUGUAAUUUUAGCCGGAGGAACAUGUGUGUAGACGAUAGAGGCGUGACGUUUCAACAGAGAUAUGAAUGAAGACGGAAUUCUCCUCUCCAAAAACACAAACCAUGACCUCGCAACCCGAGAAGAACCACCUGGAGGAGAAAGUUUCUGGUCGUCAUGGCGGGAAACGCUGGUGGUGUCGGCAUCGUUCAUGUCGGCGUAUACUGCUUACCUAGCUCUACAGAGUCUGCAGAGCAGUCUGAACCAGGAACAGGGACUGGGAGUAGUGUCGCUGGCAUGUCUGUACGGGACGGUCAUCCUGUCCGGAAUCCUGACCCCGUCCUUUAUCAAGCUGGUGGGACCCAAAUGGAGCCUGGUGGUGGCGUGGGCGUGUCACUGUGUGUACACAGCCUGCAACUUCUACCCCACAUGGGCCACCCUCAUCCCAGCGUCAAUUGUUGUCGGGGCCUCAGCCGGGCCGAUGUGGACAUCCCAGGGAUUAUACAUCACCGCUAGCGGGAUGCGCCUGUCUAAGAUUUCAGGAGAGAAACUUCAUGCUGUUUUAUCCAAACUGAACGGCGUGUUCUUUAUGUGUUACGAAUGCACGCAGGUGACCGGUAACCUCAUUUCAUCCCUCGUGCUCAAACAAGGUUCUCUCACACAGUCCGACAACGUGACCCAGAUUUGUGGAGCAGACGACUGCCCCACUUCCGGUAACACAACAACGGACCUCGCUGAACCGGAACCACACAUAGUGUACACUCUCCUCGGAAUUUUUCUGGCGUGUGACGUCAUUGCGUUGGUCCUCACACUGUUUUUCCUGCCCCAGUUUAAAAAGACUUCGACCCCGGAAGACAGUACCGAACAGCCCCCGGGUAUUGGGCGGACGCUGUUGUCGUGGUUUACGGCCUUGUCGGAUCCUAAGCUGCUCCUACUUGUCAUCUUCUUCUUGUCGUCAGCCAUGAGCCAGGGCAUUCUCUUUGCAGACUACACGAAGGCAUUCAUCAGUUGUUCUCUGGGAGUCUCUAUGGUAGGGUACGUGAUGGCGUGUCAUGGCGUUGUCACUGCUGUUGUUGCCAUAGUUACCAGUCAAGCAGCUAAAUACACCGGGAGAUAUGUGUUGUUUGGCGCGUCCAUCGUGUGCAACGCCGCUAUGCUCCUGACGUUGGUUCUGUGGAAACCGAGGAGCGACUUCAUUGGACCCAUUUUCAUCAUACCUUCACUUUGGGGGAUAGCUAUUGGAAUAUUCCACACACAGUUUAACACUCUGGUUGGACUGAUGUUCCCCGAGAAACAGGAAGCAGCAUUCGCCAACUUCCACACAUGGAACGCCAUCGGUUUCACGAUCACCUUCGCCUACGGCGGUGCGUUGUGCGUGCGCGCCAAGCUGUACGUGUGUCUUGCGCUGUUCGCGCUCGGAAGUCUGGGAUACUUCCUCGCAGAAAUCCUUUUCCUACGACAAAAGCGUGAAGCACGAAAAGCGAGCUCACGGGCAAAUAACUCAAAUUCAAGUUUAGAAUUUUCCUAACAGGGAAUACAUGAAGUUUGGUAUGAAGUUAACAGCCUUAUUGGAUAGCAUUACACUGGCACGGUUUUAUAAAAAGCCCAAAGAAAUUCAUAAAUAGACAGUAUGCAGUUUGUUAUACUUCGAAAAAUUAAAUUGUGAGACAAAAUUCCUUGAACCUGCGAAAAAAACACCCAAGACAUUACAUUUAGUAACAUUUCCAAAUUUGCAUGAAAAGGACGUUUUCCUGGAGACUUGGAGUUUAGACCUGGAGCUUCAGACAAAAUUGUGUCUAUUUAUCAAGGGUGGGGUGCUAUGUGUGUGUGUGUCGGGAAGAUUUGGAUGAUGUUUAUCGCCCCACUAAGCAAUAUUCCAGCUGAAUGACGGCGGUCUGAAAAAAAUCGAGUCCGGACCAGACAAUCCAGUGAUCAACAGCAUGAGCAUCGAUCUACGCUAU